AUGCGCUUCGACACCAAGGACCCCGACGCCGUUGCUUACCAGAAGCGGCUUGCGCUGCGCCGCGCAGCUCGGUCGCCCGGCAGCAUCAUCUUCAACUUUGUUGUCUUCCCCGUCUUCGUUCUCGUCACGCUGUGGAGCUAUGUGCACUAUGACCUCCGAUGCCUUGGCCAGGACUGCACGUCCAUCGAGUACCGCGCUGCAAAAAUCCUCAAAGAGAACCCGCUGAUUGACGGCCACAAUGACUUGAUGAUUAUGAUGAGAUACCUGUACGGCAACCGCAUCAACUCUGGCAACUUCUCCGACAGGUUCGAGAACGGCCGUCUGGAAUACCACACGGAUGUGCCGCGCAUCGAGCAAGGUCUGAGCAGCGGUGCCUUCUGGAGCGCUUUCCUGCCGUGCCCUUCCAACGCCUCCGACUUUUCCGACGAGGCGUAUGCUCCGAUCGUCAAGGCGACGCUUGAGCAGCUUGAUUUGUAUCACCGUCUCGCCGCCAAAUACCCCAAAUACUUCACCCCCACUCCUGAUAGCGCCUCUGCCCUCCGUGCCUUCCAAGACGGCCGCUACAUCGCCCCGGUCAUCAUCGAAGGCCUUCACCAGAUCGGUAACUCCAUCCCCACGCUCCGUCUUUUCCAUCAGCUCGGCGUGCGCUACGCCACUCUGACCUGGAACUGCCACAACAUCUAUGCCGACGCCGCCGUCGUCACCAACGAGAAGGGCCAGAGCGUCCGCAGCUCCCCGCACUGGGGCGGCCUUUCCGCUGCCGGCCGCGACCUGAUCGAGGAGAUGAACCGCAUGGGCAUGAUCGUCGACCUGGCCCACGUCAGCCCCGACACCAUGCGCGACGUCCUGGCCGGCUCUGAGGAUGGCAGCUGGGGCGGCAGCAUCGCACCGCCGAUUUUCUCGCACAGUUCCGCCUAUGCCCUCUGCCCGCACCCGCGCAACGUACCCGACGACAUCCUGCACCUGGUCAAGAAGCGCAACUCCAUCGUCAUGGUCAACUUCAACCCGGGCUUCAUCUCUUGCACCGAGUCUGAUUCCGGCACCGGCAUCCCGGACUUGUACGAGCCGAACGUCACGCUUUCGCAGGUCGUCAGGCACAUCAAGCACGUCGGCGAGCUGAUUGGGUACGACCACGUCGGCCUUGGCACGGAUUUCGACGGCAUCGAAGGCACGCCCAGGGGCCUCGAGGACGUGAGCAAGUUCCCCGACCUGGUCGCUGCGCUGCUGGAAGAAGGCAUCAGUGACGAGGAUGCGGGCAAGAUUGUGGGCAGGAAUUUGCUGAGGGUGUGGGCCGAAGUCGAUCGGGUCGCGGACAAGUUACAGAAGGAAAGGCCGCCGCUUGAGGACGGCGUCUCGGAUUUCGCAACCUCUGAUGCGGCUGACGGUACGGGUGUGUUGUGA